ACUGGACCUCUCCUUCAGACAUGCUGUGCACCGAAGAGGUACACGGCAGGGCACUGGUCCCUGACAAGGCCUGGAGUGUUCUACAUCGGCCGGGAGGAUGGGUACGUGGACAUCUGGGACCUCCUGGAGAAAACCCAUGAGCCAGCACAGUCCCAGAACAUCUGCAUCACCAUGAUCACCUACAUCAAACCCUGGACCUUCUCCUCUAAGCAGCAGUUUAUAGCCAUAGCUGACUAUUAUGGGACUCUGCAUAUCUUAGAAAUUCCCUGGACGUUAAGUCGCCCUUCCUUUAAUGAGGUAUCGAGCGUGAACUACUACUUUGAAAGAGAAGUCAAGCAUCUGGACUAUGUCCAGCAGCGCAAGCUCAUCCGUGAGGAAGAAAAGAGAGAAAUAGCCCUGGAACUGGCAAAGAAGAAAGCUGUGAGUGAAAUUUCGGGAAGGAGAGCUGUCUUCUGCUCCUCCCAGUGGGAAAGAGUCGCUGGGCUCAUCCCACUGAGUCCUGUGCGCUCCGCCCUCGGCUCUCUGCUUUGCCUCAGAAGAUAAAGCGGGCAUUUCUUUGAUUUCCUAGACCACCACGAGGUGGUCUACCUGUUGAGCAUAGAUGGAGAUUCUAUCCCAUUUUCAUCUAUUAUUGCAUGUGGGCAGGUACCCGGUGGUAAGGCUGUAUACACUGCUCACAUACGGGGAGGUCAGAGGACAAUUUAUGGGAUUCAGUGCUCUUAUCAUGAAAGUCUCAUGGAAGGAAUUCAGGUCACCAUGCCCACUGAGCCAGCUCACCAGCCCUGAUGCACAGUAAGAUUCUGACCAAGUCAUCUUUCUGUAAUUGACUAUAGUUCUAAAAUCCUUUCCUGUAGAUACAAGGUCCACAGGUAAGUGCUAACAUUGCAUGGAAUUUCCAUGUUUGGGGAGCGUUGCAUUGAAACAGGUCAUACAAAAGUCAAGACAUGAGUUCAUGGCUGAGCUUUGGUUGUCUUGUCUGGAAAACGGGAAUGCCAACAGCCACCUCUGCUGAUCGCUAGAAGGCUUUCCGCUAAAUAACUUGGCCACUGACACCAAAAGAUUGUUCCGCUAACUAUGGUAGCAGAGAGAUAAGAGAGGUAUGUUUUAUCACACUGUGAUACUCUUGAAACAAAGAAGCAGAGAGCAUGCCCGUCUUCCAUGCAGACAACAGGUACUCCUCAAGCCCACACUCCUCUUUCUCAGCCCUUCUCCGAGGGACAGGAACUCUAGGACUGGCUUUCUUUCAUACACCAGAACUGGGGACUUUGAAAGGUGCUAUAAACUGCUCUUCUCCUGUUCCCACUGGAGUUGUCCGGGUCUGUAACCAUGUCUCUUGUUGGCUUGUCUCCUCCCUUGCCUCUUUGUCACCACAGUUUCCUCACUGGUCUCUUCACAGCCAAGCACAUAGUAUUCUCCGAAGUCAUUUUCUAGGUGAGAUCCCAGGUCUCUGGGAAAAGCAACAGUGGGCGGCUACUGUGAUGCUCUGCACACGACACUCAUUCAUAGACACACACACAGCCACACAACCAAAAAGGAGGGCUCAUUUCCAAAAGCCACCCUUGGUCGUGACAACAUGUACAGCAAUCCCAGCAAAUUGACUUUCUGUCUAGUCCCACUGUAACAAAUGAAUUGGUGGUGGCUUUUUUUUUUUUUUUUUUGAACACUCUUUCAUGGGAGACACUGUGUCACCCUCUACCCCAACAGUUAGCACCCUGCCCUCCAGUCCACAUAAGGAAAGCAGGACACUCGCUGCACCCACUGGUCAGGAAAGACCAGAGGAGGAGUUUGCUCAUGGGUCCCCAGCAGUUCUCCAGCAGCAGUUCCCACCCCUUCCAUAGGGCUGCCUAAGGCUAUUGGAAAACACAGAUAUUUACAUUACAAUGCAACAUUACGGUUGAGGUAACAACAAAGAUAAUUUUACAGUUGGGGGGGGGGCUCACCACACAUGGGGAACUGCAUUGAAGGGUUGCAGCAUUAGGAAAGUUGAGAACCACUGCUCUAGAGAGAGGCGACAGAGGGCAGGCUGCU